UCCGCCGAGGCCGAGGUUAUGUUUUUCAAUUCUAAAUUAAUUGCGUAGAAAUUCUAGAAUUGGCUGAAAUUUGUUAUGUAAAAAUUGUGAUUUAAGAAUACGUUUUGAUACAAUUUGAUUAUAAAGGUUGAGUUGGAAUUCAAUGUUUUCACUGUCCCAGUUAAGUUCUCCAUGGUUGAAGAGUUCUUUUAAAGUUGGAUUGCUCAAGCCUAACAAGAGAAAGAUCUACGAUGAUUUGCUUAUUGUUUUGACAAACAAUCUACAUUUGCCGAACGACAAUGGGUUUCUGAGACAGUGCAGUCUACCGAGUGUGAUCAGCAAUGAUACGUUGCCGUUUCAAGCCAGAGUGGUUAUCUGCGGAGCCGGUGUAGUUGCCAACUCGGUAGCGUACCAUCUCGUACAAAAUGGCUGGAAUGACAUUGUGGUUGUGGAGCAGGGAAGUAUUUGCGGAGGAACUUCCCAUUUCGGCUCUGGUACUCUCGGUCUGUUUAAACCGCUUGCUGAAAAAAACAUAAUUUGGAAUAGCGUCCAUCUCUACCAAAAACUUCAAGACGAUGGAUAUAACCUAGAUCUAAGAAGGGUGGGCAGUUUGAACCUCGCACAAACAAAAGACAGAUUAAUAUUUUUGAAGAGAAGGAUGUCAUGCCACACGUCCACCGGUCUACAGUGUGAGUUGCUGGGACCCAAUGAGCUGAAGCGUCUACACCCCUACCUUUAUACAGAGGACUUGGAGGGGGCUGUGUGGGUACCUGGAGAUGCAACGUGUAAUCCAAAGGCUAUCUGUCAUACGCUAGCCUCACUCGCCAACCAGGGAGGAGCCCAGUAUGUCGAAAACUGUACUGUAGAAAAAGUUUUGUCCAAAAACGGAAGAGUAGAAGCUGUAGUGACUAGUUUGGGGACUAUAAAGUGUGAAAAGUUUGUCAACUGUGCUGGCAUGUGGGCGAGAGAUCUGGGGCAGCGUUGUCUGCCUAAGGUGAGAGUUCCGGCGUAUCCGGUACAACACUUCCUUGUGACUACAGAGGAACUGGGCGGCCUCCCCCCUCCAGACACCCUACCCUACGUGCGUGACUACGACUCUCAGACCUACAUCCGUCAGUUCGGCGGGGGCUUCAUGGUCGGAGGGUUUGAGAAGAACGCCAAGGCUGCGUUUGUUGACACCAAGAUACCUCGCGACUGGCAGGGGAAGCUCGCUGAGGACUGGAACCAUUUUUCACCGUUAUGGGAAGCAGCACAAGAUAGAAUUCCUUUCCUGAAAAACUCCAGAAACCCAGUGUUGACGAACGCACCUGAUAACUUCACACCCAAUGGGAAAUGGAUUUUGGGUGAAGCGCCUGAGGUGGACAACUACUUUGUGGCCGUAGGAAUGAACGGAAACUCUCUGCAAGGCGCUGGAGGGAUCGGCAAGGCGGUGGCAGACUGGAUAGUAGAAGGGACGCCCACCCAGGAGUUGUUGCCUUUUGAAGUCAACCGUUUUGUCGAUCUUCACAACAACCGACAGUAUUUGCAGCAGAGAGUUGUGGAAAUUGUUGAAAGACAUUACGCCAUAGAGUAUCCCACGCAGAGUGAGUACCAGACAGGACGCAGACUGAGAUGUUCUCCAUUGUACUCUGUGCUAGAGACUCGCGGCGCAGUGUUUGGAGUCAGAAUGGGCUACGAACGACCCCUCUACUUCGACACUACUUGUAAAACUGGAAAACCACCAAAAAUGCCUGAAGGAACUUACUACAAACCAAGAUUUUUUGACUUCAUGGUGGCUGAACACUUGGCUUGCCGAGAAGGAGUGGGAAUCAUUGAUAUGUCUUCAUUUUCUAAAAUUGAAAUCAAGUCGACAGAGAGGAAGGCAGUGGUCGAGUACCUACAGAAAAUGUGCUCCAACGACGUAGACAUCCCAGUCGGUGGUAUCGUACACACAGGGAUGCAGAACGAGCGAGGGGGCUAUGAAAAUGACUGUAUCAUGGUGCGUCAAACUGAAAAUAGUUACUUCAUGGUGUCGCCCACCAGUCAGCAGACGAGGAUCUACGAGUGGAUGAGACGCAACUUGCCCUCCGGCAGUCCUGUGGUGCUGAACGACGUCACCUCCAUGUACACUGUCAUCAACAUGGCCGGACCCAAGUCUCGGGCGCUGCUUAGCGAACUCUCAAACACUGAGUUCCGCAUCAAGCAUUUCACCUGCAAGAAGGUGGAUGUCGGAUACGCCAGUGAUGUGAUGGUGAUGGCUCUCACACACACAGGAGAGCCUGGCUACUGUCUGUAUGUGCCUUCAGAGUAUGCUUUACAUGUCUACGAUCGACUCAUCAAUGUGGGCCGAGACUACGGCGCCCGAGACGUAGGAGUGUUGACACAGAGGUUCCUCAGGAUUGAGAAGUUCAUUCCUCUGUGGGCCGAGGACUUGACUAGCCUCACAACACCUCUGGAGGCAGGCAGCAACCUGGUCAGCUUUGAGAAGCCGCAUUUCAUCGGACGAGAAGCGUUGUUGAGGCAACGAGAGCGAGGAGUGACCCAGCGGCUGGUGAUGUUGGAGCUGGAAGACAUUGACCCUGAUAAGGACAUUUGGCCGUGGGGCAACGAACCUAUCUACCGCAACCACCAGUACUGCGGUACUGUCACUUCUGCUGGUUAUGGCUUCAACAUCCAGAAGCUGAUAUGCCUUGGGUUUGUGAGGUGUAUGGGUGAGAUUGUGUCGACAGACUACAUCACCGACCCCUCGGCCGUUUAUCACAUCGACAUCGCCGGCAAUAGAGUCAGAUGUAAGGCUCAUGUCUCGGUGCCACAGAUCAUCGGUUUGGACGAGUCCAAUGAUGACGUUCGACAGUACCGGCCAAAAGUCGUCACCUCUGUGGUCUCGUAAAUCUUGUAACCCGUACACUUAACAUUUAUACCGAAACCCCGGUCUGACAGGCCCACGGGAAUUUUCAAAAACACAUGUUGACAAAACUGUUUACUUGGGGAAUUCCAUUUGUGGGGGUCUCACAGACCGGGGGUUUCGGUUAGCGUCAACCAGGAUAGGGUUUCGGUAUUAAUGUUAAGUAUUGGUAAUGUGCCAUAAGUCCAUAAGAGAAAGUGAGAUUGCGUAGUCUUUCUUUACUGUGAUUUUAAUGAAAAAUGUAUAUAUUUGUUGAAGCUUGAUCAAAUUUUACGGUUUUAUUGUUGAGGUUAUAGUUAGGUGUUGUUAAAAUUUACAAACAAGUGUAGUAAAACGUAAGUUUUAGUAUGAGUUAAUGUUAUACUGUUCACGAGGAUGAAUAAGUCAAAAUUGUUGAGGUAAAAGUGAAAUUUGCAAAUAAUGUAACCAAAUCUUGCAGUAUUUUUAAGUUUAGUUUAGUAAACAUGGGUUAACAUUUGUAAACUUAAGGACAUCCACUGGUUUGAAGAGUUAUGUCUGUUUAAAAAAAGAACAUCAGGUGUUGGUCAUAAGGGAUUAGUGCAAUGAUAAAUACAUUUAGUAUUUAGUGUUACUCAGAUGAAAUUUAUUAGUUUUAAUUGCAAUCUUUGAUGAUGGACCAGCUUUAUAUAAAAUUGUAAGAUUUUUCUCAUGAGCUUUAAAUGUAAAUGAGUUCCUUAAAAUGGGCAUUUAAAAAAAGAAAUUCUUUAGUUCUAUAAGUCUCUAGAUCUUAUGAUAUAAAACUCCAAUUAUUUUGUUUUGAGGUUAAACUUCAAACCUGUUAACAAGCCUUUUCAGGGCAAAUAAGAUAAUUUUAAGAAAGAUAUUUUACAGAGGGCAUAAGAAAAUGAAUUUUAAUUUGGAGUAAAUAGUGAAGCAGAAAAUACUCAACUAGAUGCCUAGGCCAACUUUUUGUGACAUACUUUUAUUUAAUUUAUAUAUGUGGUGCUAUUAUGGUUUUAGUUCAUAGUUACUCAGUUACAAAAUGAUGAUAUUAGAAUAGAUCUUAGAAACAAUUACUUACAAGUUAAUCCACAGGGUCUUAUGCCAGGGUAAUAAAAUGGUUAGCCCAACUUACUGUUUUGGGAUAGUGGGACUUAGUGCAAUUUAAGGAUCAACUAUACUAGUAACCCUUCCCGGACGGGCGAAAUCGUGAUGUAGGACAGGAAAAAUUAUUUAAAAAAAUAAAAAUUAAUUUUCCUUUUUUGUGCUUUGUUAUACAAGUAUACAUGAAAUAAACACAAUAGAACACCUCAUAAUGUCAAAAUAAUUUUUUUACUCGUUUUUAAAUAUGCGGAUGUAUCCGCUACCCGUCCGCGGAUUAGUAGAAAAGCAGCGGAUAUAUCCGCCACCCGUCUUUGAAGAUAUGACCAUGACAAUGUUAGGCAAUAAAUAAAGAACAAUAUGUAAACAAUAAAUAAAGACAACGUAGUGUUGAGCGCGAAACAUCGAGGGGGGAGCGUAGGAGAGGUGGGAGGUGCGAGGGGAGAGGAUGAUGAGCGUGAGAGGGUAGGCAGGUGAGAGAGGGGAGAGUGCGGGAGAGAGCGCAGCCUUGGAGAGAGCAGGAAAGUGGCGCCUUGGUACCGCGAAACAUCUGGUUACUGCUCAAGCACCUGCCAGUCUGUCUGAAAAGAAGGCGGAUAUAUCCACUUCCCGUCCGGAACAUCAAAAAUCAUAAGCGGAUAUAUCCGUCACCCGUCCUUUAUCGAUCGCCAAAGACUUAGGCUAAUAUAUCCGUCACCCGUCCUUUAUCGCCAAAGACUUAGGCGGAUAUAUCCGUCACCCGUUGGGGAAGGGUUAAGUUCAUAGAAGAAACAAAAUGUUGGCUGUAGCUGGAAUAUGUGUUCCUUUUAAGUAAUUAGUUAUGUAAAUAUCCACAAAAAAAAAUUAUAUAAAAAAUAAUCUAGUAUGAAUGUUUAGUUUUGUGAGGUUUGUUGAAUUUUUAAUGUGACAAG